AUGGUGAAGGCCAAGCAAGACCGAAAGGCUCGCAACGCUAUUAACGAGGUUGUUACUCGUGAAUACACCAUACAUAUGCACAAAAGGAUAAAAGGAGUAGGUUCAAAGAAGCGUGCACCUCGUGCUAUCGAUGAGAUUCGAAAGUUCGCCAAACAGCAAAUGAACACAGAAGACGUCCGCAUUGACACGAGAUUGAACAAAUUCGUUUGGUCAAAGGGAAUCAAGUGA